AUGGGGAUCGACCUGAACAGCGUGGAGGACGGGGAGGCGGCUGUCGGCGUGUGCGGGGAGCUGUGGCACGCGUGCGCGGGGCCCGGCGUGGCGCUGCCCAGGCGCGGGAGCGCCGUCGUCUACCUGCCGCAGGCGCACCUCGCGGCGGGCGGCGGGGAGGCCCCGGCCCCGGCGCCGGCCCCGGCCGGGGCGCCGCGCGUGCCGCCCCACGUGGCGUGCCGCGUCGUCGGCGUCGAGCUAUGCGCGGAUGCGGCGACGGACGAGGUGUACGCGCGCCUCGCGCUGGUGGCGGACGCCGAGAUGUUCAGACAAAACGUCCGUGAGUCUGCAUCCGAAGAGGGAGAAGACGGGAUGGCGGGUGGUGACGGAGAGAAGAAGCCCCGUAUGCCUCACAUGUUCUGCAAGACCCUCACUGCCUCCGAUACGAGCACGCAUGGAGGUUUCUCCGUUCCUCGCCGGGCGGCCGAGGACUGUUUCGCACCUUUGGACUACAAGCAGGUUAGGCCUUCUCAAGAGCUCGUUGCCAAGGAUUUGCAUGGCACGCAAUGGAGGUUUCGCCAUAUUUAUAGAGGUCAACCUCGUAGGCAUCUUCUAACAACAGGCUGGAGUUCGUUUGUCAACAAGAAAAAACUAGUCUCCGGGGAUGCAGUCUUAUUUCUUCGAGGUGAUGAUGGUGAACUAAGAUUGGGUGUACGGAGAGCAGUUCAGCUUAGAAAUGAAGCCCUUUUUAAAGCUGUCAACAGUAAUGAAUCAAAGCUGCACACACUAUCUGCUGUUGCCAGUUCCUUGGAAAAUAGAAGUAUUUUCCAUGUUUGUUUCGACCCAAGGAGUGGUGCAUCAGAAUUUAUUGUGCCAUAUUGGAGGUUCUCUAAGAGCUUGAACCAUUCGUUUUCCAUUGGAAUGAGAUUUAAAGAUUCCAAUGAGAGUGAUGAUGCAAAUGAGAGGUCUACUGGAUUGAUUUCAGGUAUUAGUGAAGUUGACCCCAUAAGAUGGCCUGGAUCAAAAUGGAGAUGCCUACAGGUAAGAUGGGAUGAUGGUAACCAUUGCAACCACCAACGCAGGGUUUCUCCGUGGGAGAUUGAGAGAGUUGGUGGUUCAAUCUCAGUUACUGAUUGUCUGUCGGCAUCCAGUUCGAAGCGAGCCAAAUUGUACUUUCCUCAAGGCAAUUUGGAUGCUCCAGUUACCGAUGGAAAUGGUUAUCCGGACUCAGUGGAAACUGGAAGCUUCCACAGGGUCUUGCAAGGUCAAGAAUUGUUGAUGGGCUCUAGGGCUCAUGGCGCUGCGCGCUCCCAGUCGCCCGACGUCGCAAAGUUUCGAACUCCGGAUCACCAGCGGUUCUCCGCGAAUGCGCGGAGGUACAUCCCGCAGCAGAGCCCGGUGGAGUUUCCCUACCAUUCCUCAGGCUUCGGCGAAUCCCUCAGGUUCCCAGAGGUCUUGCAAGGUCAAGAAAUGUCUCAAGCACUUCGCUUCUACCAAGGAACUGCUUUUGACGCCCGCGCGCAGCACGGCGGCGUCGUCGGCCCGUUCGGCUACGCGCAACGAUCAGCUGCGCCGGGUGGACUGUCGCCUGCAGCUCAGGGCUAUGCUCUCGGGCAGUUCACGCCGUCGGCGGCGGCGGCGGCGAAAGUGUCCUCUCCUUCCUCCGUCCUGAUGUUUAACCAGGCGACGGUCCCGCAGUUCGACUUGGAAGGCAGAGCCAGCAGCUACAGAGGCGCGUAUGGCGGCCAGUGUCCUCCCGCCAUGGAGAUGGCGAGGGAGACGGAGGAGGCCUGGCCGUGCGCACAGCGCCGGACGCCAAGCGUGACGGGGACGGGGUGCCGUCGGUUCGAAGAAUGGAUAAAGGCCUCGACUCCGGCGAGUGCUGACGGUGGCAGGGCCAGACCGGCGGCCGCCGGAGACGUCGUCGGGCGGAGCAACUGCCGGCUGUUUGGGUUCUCCCUGACUGAUCAGAAGGUGCUGGGAGGAGCAGGUGAGGGUGAUGCCAAGGAAGGGGACGCGGAUGAUGUGGUGGCGGAGUGCGCCGACCCGCGGGUGCUCGACUUGUUUGGGCGCGGCCACCCUGCUCCCGGCGCUCUGCAUGCCAUCGUCGCCGCUCCCCUGGGGAUGUGA